GAGCGAGAAAGGCUUUUUCGGGGCAAAGCAACCGACUGGCCACUUCGCUUGGAUGGAGCUCGGCAGAUUUUGCGCGUUUUGCCGUGCGUUUUGAAUUUUCUUUUCUUUUUUUUUUUUUGAAACAUAUAUAUUUUUUAAUUCCUCCAAUGUUUCGUUUACAAACCACCGGCUAGCUUUUAGCUCCGUUUCGGCGAGACUGCAUGAUUUUUGUUGUGUUGCUGGCUAGUUUGGCUGUAAUGCUAGUUCGCUAGUUAGCUUUGUUGCUAUAAAAAAAAAAGAAAGAAAAAAAAGAAAAACCUCAUAGAGGUAGAAAGAAAGCUUUGUGCAGGAGUCGGGUUCAUUUUUUUAUUCCUAUUUUUCUUCGUUGUGUUUUUGUGCUGCGUAUUUUUCCCGUUUUUUUCUUACUAUUAUAGACAAUUGGAAACGCUCCAUAACCGUUUUGCGUUGGAGAAAGUGAACGCAGCUUGAUUCAUCUCCCCCCUGUUUUCCUCCAAACACUGCAUUUUUUUCUUUUCCUCCCCCCCUUGUUUGUUUAAAAAAAAAAUCCAAACUAAAUGUUCGACUUCUAAAGUUGUCGCGUUAUAAUCGGAUUAAUUAAUAACAAUUUGAAGAAAAGGGAAAGGGGGUGAAAAAAAAAAAACCCCGAACGAUGCCGUGUUCCCUAACAGGAGAACUCAUUAGGGUCAAUCAGUGUUCAUUAGUACCUUUUGUUUUAGUUUAGGGCUUUGCUGUUGUUGGGAUUGUUGGUUUCUUCUUUCUCUUCACCUUUUUUUUGGUUUGGAAAUAUUUCUGAUUGUAUGCAAGUAAAACUUGGCUUUCAGAGAGUUUUAAAAAGCAUUAAAGGUGCAAUCGGGUGUUUUUUUUUUUUUCUUUUCCGGGCACCUGAACUCCAGCUGUAUCAGUAAAUCCCAUUGAUCAAUUUUUUCCCCAAAAUUUUUUGGAGCCUUUCUUUAAAAAAAAAAAAAUCCGAAAGCAUGGAUGAUCAUCAGACCCGCAUGCUGUCGGGACUAACCGGGCUUGCAGGACUGGGCCAGGGUGACCCGAACGACCCGGAUCCGGUCCGGAAGCAGCAGGACAUCGGAGACAUCCUGCAGCAGAUCAUGGCCAUCACUGAUGAAAGCCUGGAUGAGGCCCAAGCCAGAUGCUGGCCAGAGGAGGGACGAGGCGACCCCACACAUGCAGGGGGAGCCGGGGGGAGCGCAGCAGGGGGAGAAUGCACCCUGCCGCUCGACUUCCAACACAGGAAACACGCGUUGAACUGCCACAGAAUGAAGCCGGCUCUCUUCAGCGUGCUGUGUGAGAUCAAAGAGAAGACGGUGUUGAGCAUCCGCGGCGUGCAGGAGGAGGAUCCCCCCGACCCCCAGAUCAUGCGUCUGGAUAACAUGCUCCUGGCCGAGGGAGUCUCAGGUCCCGAGAAAGGAGGCGGAUCGGCGGCUGCUGCGGCGGCGGCUGCAGCCGGAGGGUCCCCCAACGACGGGAGCGUGGAACACUCGGACUACAGAGCCAAACUCGCUCAGAUCCGCCAGAUCUACCACUCCGAGCUGGAGAAAUACGAACAGGCCUGCAGUGAAUUCACCAACCACGUGAUGAACCUGCUGAGAGAGCAGUCACGCACGCGGCCCAUCUCGCCCAAAGAGAUCGAACGCAUGGUGGCCAUCAUUCACCGCAAGUUCAGCUCCAUCCAGAUGCAGCUCAAGCAGAGCACCUGCGAGGCCGUCAUGAUCCUCCGCUCGCGCUUCCUCGACGCCAGACGCAAGAGGCGUAACUUCAACAAGCAGGCGACGGAGGUUCUGAACGAGUAUUUCUACUCGCACCUGUCCAACCCGUACCCCAGCGAAGAGGCCAAGGAGGAGCUGGCCAAAAAGUGUGGCAUCACUGUGUCUCAGGUCUCUAACUGGUUCGGCAACAAGAGAAUUCGGUACAAGAAAAACAUCGGCAAGUUUCAGGAGGAAGCGAAUCUGUACGCUGUGAAAACAGCCGUGGACGCAGCCAAUGUUUCUGCACAGGCCAGUCAGGCCAACUCCCCCGCCACGCCCAACUCAGGUGGAUACCCAGCGCCGUGUUACACACCUGACGGCCGGCUAUGAGGAGCGGUCAGGAAGUGCCCUUUACACCCCACACUGCCUAGCCGCCAAUAGCAGCUGGCAGGAAAACCUUAUCACUCCUCCACCCGGACAUCCCAGCAGCGUCCAAUCACAAACCUCCGUCAGAGAGAGAGAGAGAGAGAGAGAGACAGUAAACACAUAUACACACCCCACACACAUACACACACACAGGACUUCAACGCUUCCACCAGUCCAACUCCACUUCCUCCUCGGACUCGCCUUUUGUUUUACAAGCUUUUUACACGCGACCACCCCACACACACACACACACACACACACACACACACUCUUACACACACUUACACACUCCCUCACACUCAUUAGAGUUUGGACUUCAUUGGACAGUCAUCCAAGAGCGUUCGCUCGUCCCUUCCUGAAGCCGAAAAGAAAAAAGGCAGGAUAAGAAAAGAAGGCUGGAGAGAUGUGUGUGUGUGUGUGUGUGUGUGUGUGUGUAAAUCCACACAAGCGCACACAUACUAAUCCAGCUACAAGUGCAGACCAUGCAGGACUUCCAUCCUGUUUGCUUUGAACCAAAGUGCUGUCGAGUGUCGUGCGUUCGUCCGUCACAGAACUGCUCCGGACGACCGCAGCACGUAAAAAUACCCCACCGCUUGUCCUCGGUCCCCGUGUUCAGUUGCUACACCCUGUACACACCCCACGGCAGCCCACGUCACCAAGGUCAUGGGUUCACACGGAGAACACGUCGAUACCCGGACGCCGUCUUCCUGCGUUUCCAAAAAUACACUAAAUGAAUAUAUAAAUGUAAAACAGCAAAGCACAACUGUUCCGUGUCGAGACUCUGUAAUCCCAGAGGAAUGGAGGAGAAGGUGGAGGGCAUGUCUGUGCCGGAGCGAAGGGGACAGAGCUUUUAAUCACGCACCCACGGGCUACGUUUCUCACCCACAAAUUCUUUUCUUUUUUUCCGUUCGUGCGCAAUUUAUUUUCUUUCUGUUUAAAAAAGCUGAGGGCUUUUAAAAGCUUUUUUCCCUCACAAUGUAGAGUUCAAUAUAACUAAUGUGAGAUACGAGGGCUGUGGUUUACGUUUGGGCCAACUUUUGUUUUUUCUUUCCCUUUCUUUCUUUUUCUUUCUUUUUCUUUCAUUUUCUUUUAAGAAAAAUGUCUUCCAUGCAUGUUCGUUCUCGAAGACUUAAUUCCGGAAAGUCCUUGUGUGGCUCGUCAGGUCGUCUCUAUUUUUCCUAAGAAGUAAAUAUCGUGUAAGAGGAGGGGAAACGUAAUGUAACGGAAAACAAACUCCCCAAAAGUUCGGGCAUCAUGUUGUGUACUUUAUAGAGCGCUCCAGGAGAUUUCUUUCUUCUUAGUUUUUAUUUUAUUUGUGUUAUUAUAUACACAACAGCACGGCUCGAGUGUGCACAGCUAUUGGGUGCACUGCCUCAACCCCACUGUGUACACAAAAAAAAAAAACACAUGGGUAUAGGAAAAAAAAAAAAAGAGAGAGAAAAGAUUUGAAGAAAUUGAUUUGAAGCUCUUUCAUUUAUUAAAUUUUUUUGUCUUGUUACACUUUAUCUUUCUCUAUACGUGACCGAAAACGCAUCCAUACUGUGAUACUAGCAUGCCGCAUCGUCUUGUUUAAAAAAGAAAAGAAAAAAAAAGAAAAAACUUUCACCUGGCCGAGCAAACAAAAGGGCUCUUCUUCUUCUUCUUCUUCCUCUCCUCUUUUUGACGUCGAACCAAAUAAUGCAUGUGAUGGUUUUUUAAAGUCGGUGGAGUGCAGUACACACACGUGGAGGACGGUCACGUUACAACUUCACCCUCACUUUCAUCACGUGUGGAAAUAGUGUGGAUGUGGGUUUUUUUUGUUUUUUUCAAUGUCAGUCUCUCUUUUCUCUUUCUUUUUUUUGUUUUCUUUUCCAUCCCUUGCUAUUUUUUGCUCUUUAAUACUGACCGUGGGAGCACCAGAGCCUCCUGAUAUACAAAUGGAAAUUGUAACACAAUGGACUUGACACCCGAAAUGUAAGAUGGGUUUCGUUUAUGGGGACACACACACACACACACACACACACACACACACACACAGCUCAGAAAAAACCCAUUGUACCCACAUCUGUAUAGCUUAAUGUUACUUAAUACAUUUCAGCUGGCUGGCUUUUCUUCUAACUAAUGCUAUUACUACACCAAAAUAAUUUUUUUUAUGAUGAUUAUUGUUAUUAUUAUUAAUUAAUAAUAAUAAUAACAAUGAUACUUUCCCUCUUCCUCCUUUUUGUACUCGUCAUCAGCGGAUGUCAUUGUACAGAUUGUGGAAUGUUUAAGUGUAAUUUCUCUUUUUAUAAAAAUGUACACGUUUUGGUUUUAUGUUGUUCUGUUGAUUAUUCCCCCCCAACCCACCCCCCCCCGACUUUACUCCAUGAUCCGGAGUGCUUGUUUUUUUUUUGUUUUGUUUUUGUUUUGUUUUUGUACCUGUAAUGUUGCGUUUUAAGUCUUUUUUUUUUUGUUGUUGUUUUUGUCCUUCGGUUUAUGAAAUCCGUCGUUUUUGUGUUCGGUGCAGUGAAACCGGUUUUCUGCAGCUGUCAUGUGUCAAAGACGUUUCACGCUUCCUUAUCGAGCACGUCGUCUUCUUUUAGAGGAGACACAACAAAUAGGCGAAAGGUCACGGCUUCAGUCGCAGGCCGGAUUUUUGUGCGUUUUUUUUUUUUUUUUACGUGUGUGUGUGUGUGUGUGUUUGCUCACCAGGAGACCAGGCUCCCAGCAACUCUGCAGCUUUUUUUUUGUCCUUUUGUUCAGCUGCAGAGUGCGCGACGUUUUCAUUUACAACUGCUCAGAGCCCUGUUUUCUUGCGGCUGCGGCAUGAACGGACUCGUUCGCCACCACAAACGCGGCCCUGACAUCCUGAAAUUACACCACAUAUCUGGAAUUACUCAGAGCUUCACACCUGAGAGACAGAGAGAGAAUCUGACAUCCUGUUUACACCUGAAGCUUCUCUCUUCCGUCCACUAAAAAAAGCAAGAAAAGAGGAAAAGACAAACCUAACGUUCCAGUUCUUAUAAGUAACACACUGAUCGUUUUCAUCGUGAGCGUCCUCACCCCAAAAACGCGAUUCCAGACCCACAUAUCUGAUCCUUAACGAUCACAUGACCAGCUUUGAUUUCACUGCACCGGGGGGGAAAACCCCCACAAAUGAAACGGAUUCAUGGUUUUGUUACGUAUUAUUUCUAUUCCACCCGCUCCCUGUAGAACCUGUAGUAUUAUAUCCUUCCUCCCUUCCUCUCGUCUUUUCCGCUUCUGUAUUCAUCACUCGUCCUUUUCUCUACCUCUCCCCUGUUCUCUUCAUUUGUCUUGUAUAUAAAACCCUGCCAUUUUCAGACUUGUUAGUCUGGUAUGAACUCCUUUUAUACCUCAACUUUAGAACUGUUCUAGUAAGAGAGAAAACGAGAAGAAAAAAAAACAAAAAAAAACAAAACAAAGGAAAUAUGAGAAUUGUAGUGUUCCUUAUUAGAAAAUUGAAAACUAAUAAAAUAACCUAGUGUGCUUUUGA